UGAGUGAACUUGGCCGUGUUAUUUUUGUAUAGACUCGUGACUAGACGAAAUGGACUCACGUGAGGACGACAGUUCUAUGUUUUGGGCCUCCACAAGGUAUAUGUAGCGAGGCCAGUAUAGUCAGCUUCACUGUCAACCUUACACCAUCCACGAAAAUUGCACCGUCCAGAGAGAGCUCCUAUAGUCACGAUGAAGGCAACAACAGUCUUGGCUGUGGUCUGUGUCGCUGCAUGCUUAAGCAUCCAUGCAAGUGCAUUAUCCCCGUUCGGCGUGGGAAGAUCCCAGCUUCACAAGAAGAGAUGGUGGAGCAGCGUGGAUGUCAAUGACCUCCACAAGUAUCACCUUGACGAUGACCCCCAGGGCUAUUUUGGUUACCUGACUCAACCCAUGGACCACUUUGACCCUCUGAUCAACAAGCAUUUCAACCAGCGCUACUGGGUCGUUGACAAGUACUGGAAAUCCAAGAGCCAUCCAGUCUUCCUAUACGAGGGAGAGGAAGCAGAAUUGGAGUUGGGAGAGGUAGCAUAUGGCCACCACGCCGAAAUGGCUCAAGCUCAUGGCGCCCUCAUCCUUGGACUUGAGCACCGUUUCUAUGGCAACAGCACCACCAAGGAAGGACUGUUACUGAGCGAAUUGCAAUAUCUCUCCAGCCAGCAACAACUGGCCGAUCUGGCGGUGUUUCGCGUCUUCGCAGAGAAGAAGUUGGGCAUGUCCGGCACCAACACUUGGAUUGUGAUUGGAGGUUCGUACGCAGGCGCCUUGUCAGCUUGGUUUAGAUUGAAGUACCCCCAUCUGGUGUAUGGCUCUGUAGCCUCGUCAGCUCCCGUGCGCGCUCAGGCCAACUUCGAAGGGUACAACGAAGUGGUAGCCGCCAGCUUUGCAGACCCGAUCGUGUUUGGUUCGGAAAAGUGCGUCGCCAGCAUCAGACAAGGCUUUAGCAAGAUUGAGCAAAUGAAGCAGGCAGGCCAACUCGCCCAAAUCGUGAAAGAUUUCAAUACCUGCCAGGAUAUGACUGACCCCAACGACUUCAAGACCUUCGCCAGUGAUCUCCAAGGCACUUUCAUGAGUGCUGCACAGUACAAUUAUAUCGAAGGAAACUCCUCGAGCAUCGGGACAUUGUGUCAACAAAUGAUGGUUCCAGAUCCGUAUCAGGCUCUGGUCAAAAUGUUUAACCCGGGAUCGACCUGUUCGGAUGUUUCAUUUAAAGACUUCCUCAAAUUACUGACAGACGUCACCUUUGAUCCCGGCGCAAUGUCCCGACAGUGGUUCUAUCAGACUUGCACUCAGUUCGGAUACUAUCAGACUUGUGACAAGAACACAACGUGCAUGUUCCUACCAGAAGUCGAUCUGGACUACUACUUUGCCUGGUGUAAGGGUGGAUACAACAUCCCAUCCUCUGAUGUACUGGAACAAGUGAACUUCACCAACGCGUACUACGGAGCGGACAACCCCAGGGGAACCAGGGUGAUUUUUGUUGAUGGUACCAUUGAUCCGUGGCACGCCCUCAGCGUUCUGAAGGAUCUUCCGGAAGGUCUCAAGUCCGUAUUCAUGAAAGGCACUUCUCACUGCGCGGAUAUGGCGCCCAAUGACCCUGACGCUCCACCGGCACUCAAGGCAGGAAGACUGGAGAUUGAAAAGAUCGUCAGCGGCUGGCUGAUGCAGGCGGAAAUGGAAAAGAAACACAAAUAGAUGUUGCCGUCUGGACUUUAAAACAGAUGACGAAUCUUUGCAAAAAAGUGAUUAAGCAAUAACUAAUGAUAAUAAACAAAAGAAAAUACCGUUGUUCAUGACAUAAAAGAUAAAAACAAUUUAGUCAAAAGCUGAAAUGAACUUCAUGUUUGACCUGGUUUUUGAUACAUGUUAUGGUGCGAUGCUAUCCAAUACCAAUUAAUAAACAACAGACUUCAAUCUACGUAUAUGUAUGUGCAAAUGAUGAUUGCUGCACUUGCAGCCCGUUGUUUCUGUAGGUGAAACUGAACACAACAUUUUCUAGGGAUCGGGGACUGUCUUUGAGGAACAUUUUGAAGAAUUUUCUCGAGGGUACGGGUAUAAGGCGCCAUCAUAUAUGAUUUGGCAAAACAAAAUUUCCCCAAAAUUUCAGGGAACUUUUUACAAAAAUAUAACAAGACAAGGCCAGCCCAGUAAAGCUGAUCCCUGAGCGCAUCAAAUUCUAUCCCACUGAUUCGGAAUCAGUGGCGGGGGGCUUGAGGCCCAGAGGUUGUCAAUUUUUUUUCUUUUUAGUCCCUCGGUUUGACCAUGGUGAUAUGUAUGUGGCUUUUUCCAGAGUGGCAUACUAGUGGUGUAAAUGACACCACCAACGUCAAAAUAGCCCCCCCCCAAAAAAAAAAAA